UCAAAUGCUCACCGGCCGGCGAGGAAGUUACUGUUCCGGCGAGGGCAGUUUUGUCCAGAUAAAAUCUGAAUCAAAGGAAAAGGCAAUUUUAUAAAAACAAAACUUGCGUUUUUCUUUUUCCAACCCCAACCCACUUCUGAUAAAAAGAAAAACCCCAAUCCACUCUGAUGAACGAAAGGGAUGACCUGAAAGACUGAGGCGGUGGGUGACCGGCGGUGCGUGACCGGUCGGCGGCGUGCGAUCGGCGGCGGGGGCGGCGACGUGUGACCGGGCGAUCGUGUCUUUCCUUCACCCAUCUUCUACAGCUACAAGAACUGAUCCUCCGUUCGUGCUCGCAUUCGAAGGGUUGACAGUUGGAAGAAGGCUCUCUGGCACAAACAAUCUCUUGAACAUGGAUUACCUCUUUGGGGUGGCAUGAAAAUAGGGAUUAGAGGAUUCACCUCAGCGGAGAACCUCUCCUACGAUUCACACAAAGCGUUCGUGUCUUUCGUUGGGUGAAUCCGUCGAGUUCCUAAAUUGGUUCAACUUGUCUUUCCUCCGUCCAAAAGAAGGCGAUUGCAAUAUUUGAAGUAACAUGUUGAGGCGUGGGCAUGUCGUGGAAUACUACAGUAACGGCAGCGACGACAGCGAGGGGUGUGAAGAAGCGAACUAUACCAUGUCUGAUAGUAGGUGUGUUGAUGGCAUUGAAGAAGAUGGAUUUGACAUUAUUGAUCUUGAUGAAUUAUACAGAAGAAAUGUACAAUGUUUUGAGGGUGAAGGUUCAAUGGGGAGGCGUAUGGAGGUUGGAGAGACUAGUUUGCAUGUAGAUACAUUAUCUGAUAAUGUAGAUUUCCUGAAUAUGAGUAGUCAAGUUGAGUAUACACAUCCUGAGUUCAAUGCUGAGGUUGAUAUGGAGAAUCUUGUCUUCAAGUUGGGGAUGUACUUUAACAAUGCCAAAGAGUUUAGAGAAGCAGUUAGGAAUCAUGCCAUAAAAAAUGAGAGACGGGUGAGGUUCACUAAGAAUACACCUAAAAAGUUAAGAGUAGUGUGUUCCGACGAUUGUGAUUGGCUCAUAUAUGCUUCCAAAGUGCAAAGGAAGCAUACUUUACAAGUUAAAACCUUUAACCCCGUGCAUACAUGUAAUAGAGCACUACAUGUUCCUCAAGUAAGCUCUAAAUGGUUGGCAAACAAGUAUUGUGAUAGGUUGAGAAAUAAUCCAACAUGGCCGGGUGCUUCACUGAAGAAAGCAAUGGAGUCAGAGAAUGUUUUGAAGCUGUCCAAGACAAUGGUCUACAGGGCUAGGGCUAUAGCAAUGAGUAUGAUUACAGGGAAUGAAGAUGAGCAAUUUCGGAUGCUUAGAAGUUAUUGCCAAGCACUUCUUGAUUCCAACCCAGGAUCCACCUGUGUAAUCAAGAGUGAGCAAUGUCAGGACCAAUUCAAGUUUAGAGGAGUCUACAUAUGUCUGGAUGCAUUGAGGAGGGGUUUUCUAGAAGGAUGUAGGCGCUUUGUAGGGUUUGAUGGUUGCCACUUGUCAUCUGGCUACAAGGGCAUACUUCUAGCGGCUAUUGGCAUAGAUGGAAAUGAUCAGAUGUAUCCAUUUGCAUGGGCAGUCGUUGGACAAGAAACAUACAAGACAUAGCACUGGUUUAUUAGUAUGAUUGCCGAAGAUUUGGGAAUUACAGAUCCUACAAAUUCAAAGUACUGGACCUUUAUGUGUGACAAGCAAAAGGGAUUGGUGCAAGCACUAGCAAAUCUAAUGCCUGAAGCAGAAAAUAGAUUUUGCUUGAGGCAUCUUUACGAGAACUUCAGGCUGCAUCACAAAGGACUAAAACUUAAAAUUUUGGUUUGGAAGGCUGCCAUGGCCACAAGGGUAUGUGAUUUUGACUUGGCAAUGGAAGAGCUUAAGGCACUUGAUGGAAAAGCUUAUGAUUGGUUGUCCCAGAGGCCACCGGUGCAAUGGAGCAAGUCCCACUUCAGGACAAGCUCAAAAUGCGACGCUUCCUUGAAUAACUGGUGUGAAAGUUUCAACAAGAGCAUCAUUGACGCCAGGGACAAGCCUAUAAUCACAUUGCUUGAAGCUAUAAGAGUGCAACUCAUGGAGAGGAUUCAUAAGCAAAGGGAUGGAUUGGCUAAGUACUCUGGUGUGAUUUGUCCUAAGAUCCAAGAGAUAUUGGAUCUUCAAAAAGAGUAUUCAGCAUCAUGGAUUCCUGCAUGGAAUGGGGAGGAUGAGUUUGAAUUGAGUGGACCAUAUGGAGACAAGAAGGUUGUUAACAUUAGACACAGAACUUGUAGCUGUAGAAGAUGGGACAUUAGUGGAAUCCCUUGUUGUCAUGUUGUGGCAGCUCUUGUAUACCUGAGGGAACAACCUGAAAAAUGGGUUCACACAUGUUUCAGUAUGGAAAAAUUCAGGCAAACUUAUAGCCAUGUUGUGCAUGCUGUAGAUUCCAAGGACACAUGGCCUGCUAGAGAGCAUUUACUCCCACCAGAUGUGCCCAAGCAAGUUGGUAGAAAGAAAAAACAAAGAACAAAGUCAGUGAAUGAAGUUGCUGAUAGCAAUUUAAAGACAAGGAAAAAGAAAGUUGUGCGAGAGCCUGCGGGAAUAAAGUUGAAGAGACAAAACACCACAAUCACUUGUGGAAAAUGUGGUGGGUUAGGCCAUAACAGGUAUCAUUGCAAGAAUCAAGCAGUAGCAUCAAUGACGACAGUAGCAGCAACAUCAUCAGCCCUAACAACUUCUACAUCCGCCUCAUGCUCACAAGAUGUGGUAGAAAGCACUCCCUCAGCCCCAACAUCACAAAGUGAGACAGUUGAACUGCUUGCGUCAUUUUUUAACAACAUAUCAAGCUCAACAUCAUCUAUCGGAAGAUAGAAGAUGUAAAAAGGAGGACGUGAAGACGAGCAAUUUUUUGAGAUAUGCAAGACCAACAAGACCAACAACACAAAUUCUUUUUUCGUUUACUAGUAGUUGACAUGGAUGGGUCUGAAUGAGUCCAUUUUGGAAGCAUCUCAAUGUAUAGGUCUACUGUGUUUAGAAAAUUGGGAUGUUUCUCUUUUUUGGCAUGACAAUGGAUAUGAAGGUUCAAAGCGAAUAGUUGAAGCUGUGAAAGGUAAAGGUGCAUUUACAAUUGGGGUUGCUGGUUUUUGUAGGGGAGGUGAGUAGCUUUGUUAUGAAUGAUUCUUUGUUAUGCAUUUGAAUUAUAUUGCCAAUACUAUCUUAAAGUAGUUGCAAUACUGUCUGUAUUGCAGGAACUUUUCAAUGCCAAUACUAUCUUAAAGUA